GAGCCGUUGGGGCCUGACGCGGAGGACGAUCCACGGCCACCCGGCACCCGCAGAGCCGCCGUAGGAGGUAGCGGUCGGACGGCUAUGGGCGGGAGCCGGCGCCCGCCGAGGACCCGCAGCGGCCGUCGGUGACAGGGAGGGCAGGGCAGCCCCGCCAAGGCACAGCAGGAGCCCCGUUCUCUGGCGUGGCCAGGUGGACAAGAAGCAGCAGUCAUUCAGAGAGGUGGCAAGCCGCUGCAGGGGCUGUCCAGUCUAUAUCAGCUGACAUAACUUCCCACAUUCCUCUGGAUUCUUCCUGUCUGUUAUGUCUCCUGAACCGUCUGGUGUCACAAGCGGACCGCGCUCUGUCCUUGGCUCCCUGGAUGCGCUCUCACCUGACCCAUUCCUGGCGAAGCGGUGGUGAGGCCGGGCGCCACCAUGAACGAGGUGUCCAUCGUCAAAGAAGGCUGGCUCCACAAGAGAGGUGAAUACAUCAAGACGUGGAGACCUCGUUACUUCCUGUUAAAGAGCGAUGGUUCGUUCAUCGGGUACAAAGAGAGGCCAGAGGUCCCUGACCAGAGUUUACCCCCUUUAAAUAACUUUUCUGUAGCAGAAUGCCAGCUAAUGAAAACAGAGCGACCUCGGCCCAACACCUUUGUCAUCCGAUGCCUGCAAUGGACAACGGUUAUUGAAAGGACGUUUCAUGUGGAUUCUCCAGAUGACAGGGAGGAGUGGAUGAGGGCCAUCCAGAUGGUAGCCAACAGCCUGAAGAAUCAGGAGCCCGUGGAAGACUCAAUGGACUACAAAUGUGGCUCCCCCAGUGACUCCUCGGUGGCUGAGGAUAUGGAAGUAGCCGUGAGCAAAACCCGGACAAAGGCGACCAUGAAUGACUUUGACUAUCUCAAGCUGCUGGGCAAGGGCACCUUCGGCAAAGUCAUCCUGGUGCGGGAGAAGGCCACGGGGCGCUACUACGCCAUGAAGAUCCUGCGGAAGGAAGUGAUCAUCGCCAAGGAUGAAGUUGCCCACACAGUCACUGAGAGUCGAGUCCUCCAGAAUACCAGGCACCCAUUUCUCACAGCACUAAAGUAUGCCUUUCAGACGAAUGACCGCCUCUGUUUUGUGAUGGAAUAUGCCAAUGGUGGGGAGCUGUUUUUCCACCUGUCGAGAGAACGCGUCUUCACGGAGGACAGGGCCCGGUUCUAUGGGGCCGAGAUCGUCUCUGCCUUGGAGUACUUGCACUCCAGGGACGUGGUCUACCGUGACAUCAAGCUGGAGAACCUCAUGCUGGACAAAGACGGGCACAUCAAGAUCACUGAUUUUGGCCUCUGCAAGGAGGGCAUCAGCGAUGGGGCCACCAUGAAGACGUUCUGCGGCACCCCGGAGUACCUGGCCCCUGAGGUGCUGGAGGACAACGACUAUGGGCGGGCAGUGGACUGGUGGGGGCUGGGCGUGGUGAUGUACGAGAUGACCUGUGGCCGGCUGCCCUUCUACAACCAGGACCACGAGCGCCUCUUCGAGCUGAUCCUCAUGGAGGAGAUCCGCUUCCCUCGCACGCUGAGCCCCGAGGCCAAAUCUCUGCUGGCCGGGCUCCUGAAAAAGGACCCCAAACAGAGGCUGGGUGGGGGUCCCCGGGAUGCCAAGGAGGUCAUGGAGCACCGUUUCUUCUCAGCCAUCAACUGGCAGGAUGUCUUGCAGAAGAAGCUCCCGCCCCCAUUUAAGCCCCAGGUCACAUCAGAGAUUGACACACGGUACUUUGAUGAUGAAUUCACGGCGCAGUCCAUCACCAUCACUCCCCCAGACCGAUAUGACAGCAUGGGCUCCCUCGAGUCUGACCAGCGCACCCACUUCCCACAGUUCUCUUACUCGGCCAGCAUCCGGGAGUGACUUGACCAUUGGAGUGGAGCCCAUGCGGGAUGGACAGGCAGCUGCCAAGGCCACAGGCUGCCUCCCUUCUGGGUCACUUUGCCUCUGGUCCCAUCCUCACCCUCACCCACAUGCUUUUUUUCUCCUCCCCAACCUUGCCUGGGAAGGAUCUGGCCCUUCCUUCAUCCCUCCUUGCCUGGCGCUCACUGGCUAGCCUUCCCCCCACCGUGGCCCUGUGGCCCUGGGGGGCUCUGGUGGGGAGAGGGCAGAGAUAGCGACUUGGCCCAGGGCCACAGGCCUCCCAAGGUACUAAGGAUUCAGUGAAACCCAGCUUGCUGCUGCCUCAUGGCCUGGACACCUCUCACAUCCCUAAGGGGAGUGUGGAAGCCUUUCCAGGCUCUGCGCUGCACAGGAGGCUGCUGGGCUCCCAGAUCUCCCGUGCUGAGCUCUUUUAGGUCACGUGGUGGAUGUGGCCAGCCUUGUCCUCGGACUGGGCACCGAGGAGGUCUCUGUUGAUCCUCAGAGGGAACCCAGGAUCCCUUCUCCCUCUCCUGGCUCCAACUGGCCAGGCCUAGGGAGAGCAGCGGUGCUUUAUCCUGGACGGAGUCAGCUGUCAGCCCAUGUCCUUGGGCCUUGACCUCGUGUGUGUAUCAGGAGAAUGCCCGAAGUGGCCCCCGGCCAGCAAUGGGCAGGCGUAGCUACUAAAGCAAUAAUGUCUCAUACCCGAGCAGCCUUAAAGCCAGAUGCCCCAGAGCCGACUGGCUCCUCCUCCAGCCUGCCUCCCUGUGGCCCUCUGGCAUUUCAGGAGCUCCCUGGGCUGGCAGAAGGGCAGGGUUGUAGGGGCUUCUAGGCCCUUCCUCACCAGAUGAGAUUGGCUAGGAGCACCAGAGCCAGGGUGGGGUUCUCAUCAUCCCCGUUGGGGUCAGCUGUAUGCAUCUCAGGCUGGCCAGAAGGGAAGAAGGCCACUUGUUCUCUAAGGAGAUGCUGGCUAUGGGGGCAAGCCUGGGUGUGCUUGGGUAGGACCCCCAGAGCUGUGGCUCCCCUGUUGGGGCAGGGAGGUUUGGGGACCUGCCUUACCAUGCAUACAGGGAAGCAGAGGACAGCACUCUUGUCUCUCUUCUCCUUUCCCCACUCCUGGACACAGCCUCCUGUCCACUGUGGCAUGUGGCCACCCCACUGGGAACUCGGGACCCUCUCUCCCAGUGCCUUAUCUGGAUAACAUGACGGCCUCCCCAGAGUGAAAGGUUAAGGCCAAGGAACAUCAGGAAUUAGAGGCCUGGGGGAACCUUGGCUUCUGUUUGCAAGGAGGGGUGAUGGAGGCUCUGGUACGGUCUGUUACAUCUCCUCUCCCCCCGAUUUAGCCUGCUUUCUCUCAGCCUCUUCAUCUGUCCCUCCUGGGACUUGUACGUGGCCCUGGCAUCUUCUGAUCCUGUCAGGCCCAGGCCCCUCUCCCCAUUCCUCAGCCUCCCCUAAAGCUGCUGGCUGGGCCAGAGCUUUGGAUGCCUGGGGUGACCCAGGGCGGGCCUCCUGGGUGUUCUCCCCUCAGCCCUCACUGAAGGCUUCGGGUCAGAACUAUAAGAGGAGACUGGGCCCAGAAGCUUUUGUACAAGGUGGCUGCACCCUGGGUCCAGAUCCAAGGCAAGGCUCGAAGGGUCAGGUUGGGAGGGUGUUGCGAACUGGGGCCCUGCUUCAGGUUAGGCUCGAGUGCACAUUCACCACCCCCCACGUCCCCAAGGACUGGGGUGGGGGGUUCAGAACUGUUACAGAUUCCUUAAUGCAACAGUGUUCAGGCCCCCAGCUCCCUGCAGGAGGGGCGACGGGGUGUUAGGUCAAAGUUUGCGGUCCAGUGCUCUCCUCCUGCUGGGGCGUCUGCCCACAGGGGCUGGAUUGAUCCCGUUUUCCUUCCUGCAUCUCCUGAGGCCUGUUGCCCAUGCGGUACCAGAAGAGCCUUAAGAUUAGACAGGGCGGGUUGGGCCCCUCACCAGCCCUGCCCGAGCCCCCAUGCUCUGCCCUGGAGUCCUGAGGGGCAUGGCCCCACACCUCCCCCAGUCAUUUCCUUCUGCUCACAACAGAUUGAUGGGGAGCGGGGGAUGUCACUGUCUCCCCCCAAACCCAUCUGCCAUAUUCUGGGGUUGGAAGCAGGGAGGACCAAGUGAUGGCUCCUCAAAGCAGCUGUGGUGUCUCGGGCUUGGGGCCCGUGUGUGUGUAUAUACAUAUACAUACAUAUCUGUGUGUCUCUGUGUUAGGGAUGGGUCCUUCCCUAGGACCCUGGGGUGGGCAGAGCGGGCCAGGGACAUUAAGGGCUCCUCAAGGCUCAGGGCCUCUCUCCUGCCCACCCCAAGGACACCUCCCUGGGGCUGCUGCAGCUCAGAGCAAGGCCCUCCUGGCUGCCUCCUUAGGGGUGGGGGGGGGGGAUGGUUUUCCUCAUGAUGCAGGGGAGGGGACUGCCAGGGAUGGCAAAGGCUUUGUGUGGGGAUUUUUUUUUUGUGUUUGUUUCUGUAAAUCAUUUUAGCUACUUUCUCUCUCCUUGAAUUUAUACGGUACCAACAAUUAAAAAAAAUUUCUGACAAA